ACUAUUAACGCCACUGGCAAGACAGUAAUCUCUCUCCCUCUCUCUCUCUAAUCCUUCGGUUUCUGCCCUCCUGUCCCUCUCUCAUUCCCCUUCCUUGCUCUCUUUCUCUUUAUCCCUUAUUUUUUCACUACAAACUAGUAUUUACAGAGAGACAGAGACAAGAAAAUAAGAGUUUCUGUUUCCAAUAGCUUGAGAGAGAGGUCACACACUUGUGGCCAUCUCCGCAUCUGAUAGUUUCUGAAUCAUGGUGCUUUGGAGGCAGUGAAGCUGUAGCCAACGCACCUGUAGACUUCGCUGAUUCAAAUGACAAAGACAAACCCUUGAAAUUAGGUAUUGAAAGCCUAUUUUGGCCAGUGCCAUGUGUUGGCCAUGGACCGGAUUGUCUUCCACCAUGACACGGUGCUGUCGGAUAUCCACCUCCUACUGCCCAACGACCGGCACCUCAUGGCCCGCCUCAACCGCGUAGGACAGCCAGUGUUCACCACUAAAUUCAAGAUCCUAUGGAGAGGCGAGGCAGCGGACACCUGGGAGCGGGGUUCUGCCAGUGAAACGGAAGAAGACGAUGUUGGCUCUGUACAUGAAGAGGAAGAGGAGAAGGAGGAGGAGGAUGAGGCUGCAGCCAGCGGGGAGCCCGAUGAGGAAGAAGAUGAAGACGAGCCAGACCUAGAUGACGAUGGGGACCUCAAGGUAUCGCGCAGGCCGAAGGCCGGCCCCCCUGAGGGCCGCCGGCGGGCGGAGGUGUACCCCGUCAUCCUCCGGCAGUCCUCGGCCGCCCCGGAGGACGCCGGCGACGAGGAGGGGGAGGACGGCGAUCAGCCCGACGUCAUCAGGAUCGAGCACACCAUGGCAACCAGCCUCCAAGACGUUGGCAAACAGGUGUGGCGCGGGGCCUUCCUCUUGGCAGACUACAUCUACUCCCAUGCGUCUGUGUUCCGGAACGCCACUGUGUUGGAGCUGGGGGCGGGAACUGGCCUGACCAGCAUCAUCAUGGCCACCGCGGCCAAAAGGGUUUACAGCACAGAUGUGGGUGAGGACCUCUUAAGUAUGUGUCAGAGAAAUGCAACAUUGAACAAACAUCUUCUAGCAGCAGAAGGCGAGCUCAAAGUCAGACAACUGGACUGGCUCAAAGAUGAUCUUUGUACAGAGGAGGAGGAGGAGUUCAGCUGGACUGAAGAGGAGGUGGCAGACCUCUACGACAACACCAGCGUCAUCAUCGCCGCAGACGUUUGCUAUGACGACGAUUUAACGGACGGCUUCUUCCGAACCGUGUACCGACUGUGCAACAGUAUGACCAAGCCUUGCACUAUCUACCUCUCUCUAGAGAAACGGAUGAACUUCACCCUGCGCCACAUGGACGUGUCCUGCGACGCCUACGACUACUUCAGCCACUGCCUGCGCCAGCUGGAGGCUCUGAGGGACGGGCCGCAGCGCUUCCACGUGGAGCCCCUGGCCACCUCCUUCCCUCAGUGCCUGCAGUACGAACGCAUCGAGCAUCUGGAGCUGUGGAAGGUGACCUCCACCCCCACUGGGGGGCACCAGCGGGGGGGCAAGGACCCUCCCCCCCCGACCCAAAGCCCCCGUCCUGGUCCUGGUCCUGGUCCUGGUCCUGGUCCUGGUCCUGGUCCUGGUCCUGGUCCUGGUCCUGAUCCUGGUCCUGGUCCUGAUCCCUGAUCCCGAUCCUGGUCCUGAUCCCGAUCCCGGUCCCGGUCCCUGGUCCUGGUCCCGGUCCCUGGUCCUGGUCCUGGUCCCGGUCCCGGUCCCGGUCCCGGUCCUCCUUCUUUGGGAGUCAGUUUGGCGUGUGGGAGAGAGUUAUUUAUUGGUUUCAAAAUAGGCAAAUCGGUAGUUUGACCUAUAUUUAUUAAGGAGUGGGUUUGAACAUGAAGCUUUAUUACGAAUAAGCUUCGUCUGUGAUUGUGGAAGUGUCCCUUUGGUAUCUGAGGAUGGCUGUUUGAAUGUGAAUUGUUUUUUGUGUUCGAUUUAAUUUAGGUAUCCCAUGAGCAGGAUGGUUCUUGAAAUCAGAAGUGUGUGUGUGUGUGUGUGUGUGUGUGUGUGUGUGUGUGUGUGUGUGUGUGUGUGUGUGUGUGUGUGUGUGUGUGUGUGUGUGUGUGUGUGUGUGAUUUUUAAAAGCAUAUUGUAUGGGAAGGGAUCUUGUGAUCAUGUAUUACCAAAUAAUACAAUUUAUAUGUGUAUAUAAAUUUGAAUAAUUAGAGAACAAGAUUGUUAAGGGUUCAUUUUCAAUGUGCCAAAAAUAAAAUUGGAAUACUUUUUUAA